UGUGUGCUGAGGAAUGUUGGCGUUAGAAAGUAGAAGAGAAUCGCCGUGCUGGAGUUUAAAAGUGUUUUAUUUCCCUCAGAUAUCUGCGCUCAGGAUGAUUAAUAUCUGCGGCAGAAUGUGAUCGUCGACGGAGAGUCAUCAUGCUGAUUAAACACAUGAGACAGCGCAGUGUCGGCCGGGCGAAGGUGGCCCAUGCAGUGGUGGUGAUCUUCUUGGAGUUUUUCGCCUGGGGUCUCCUGACCACACCGAUGCUCACUGUCCUGUAUAAGACGUUUUCCCACCACAUGUUCCUCAUGAACGGCCUCAUUCAGGGUGUAAAGGGUUUGCUGUCCUUUAUGAGUGCUCCCCUCAUCGGUGCCUUGUCUGAUGUUUGGGGCAGAAAGAGCUUCCUGCUGCUCACAGUGUUUUUCACCUGCGCCCCCAUCCCACUAAUGAGGAUCAGCCCGUGGUGGUUUUUCGCACUGAUGUCAGUUUCUGGACUCUUCUCUGUGACGUUUUCUGUGAUAUUUGCAUAUGUGGCUGAUAUUACAGAAGAACAUGAAAGAAGCACAGCGUAUGGACUGGUGUCAGCGACGUUUGCGGCGAGUCUGGUGACGAGUCCAGCGAUCGGAGCAUUUCUGUCCACCCACUAUGGAGACAGUCUGGUGGUUCUGCUGGCCACCAUCAUUGCAGUGCUGGAUAUUCUGUUCGUCCUGCUGGUGGUUCCCGAAUCUCUGCCUGAUAAAAUGAGACUCUCGUCGUGGGGUUUUCCCAUCUCCUGGGAGCAGGCCGAUCCCUUCGCUUCUCUGAGGAAGGUGGGUAAAGACUCCACAGUGCUGCUGAUCUGUGUCACAGUGUUCCUGUCGUAUCUCCCAGAGGCCGGACAGUACUCCAGCUUUUUCCUCUAUCUGGGACAGGUCAUUCAUUUCUCACCACAAGCGAUUGCAGGCUUUAUUGCCAUGGUGGGAAUCUUGUCUAUUGGAGCGCAGACUCUCCUUUUAAGCGUUCUGAUGAAGAAGAUUGGAAAUAAGAACACAGUUCUGCUGGGUUUGGGUUUUCAACUGUUCCAGCUGGCCUGGUACGGCUUCGGCUCUGAGCCAUGGAUGAUGUGGGCGGCCGGAGCCGUCGCUGCCCUGUCCAGCAUCACAUUCCCUGCGGUCAGUGCACUGGUGUCCCACUGUACCGACCGCGACCAGCAAGGAGCUGUUCAGGGGAUGAUCACAGGGAUUCGGGGUCUGUGUAAUGGACUCGGCCCUGCUCUUUUUGGAUGCAUAUUUUUCCUCUUCAAUGUGGAGCUGAAGGAAAUGACUUUUGAUCAGGCAAAUCACGCGGUCACACCCGAAACUGAACAGAAGUCUGUAAUUCCGGGUCCACCGUUUGUGUUCGGUGCGUGUACGGUUGUGCUGGCGAUGCUGGUGGCUGUGUUCAUCCCUGCCCAACAAGCUCCAGUCGUGAAGACCUGCAGCAGCAGCACACGCGUGUUGACAGAGCCCAUGAGCAGCAUCCCAGCCGGCGGGUCACUUCCUGCCAGCGACGAGGACAUCGAACCGCUUCUGCAGGACAGCAGCUUAUAGACAUGCUGAGGAGGAGGGUUUGAGUCUAAAAUACUGCUUUUACUGAAUGUAUGUCGAGUUUGGUGACACUUUACUGUACGGUCAACAUUAGUUAAAGGGAUCGUUCACACAGAAAAGGCUUGUUUUCUUAGUUUUCUUACAUAAGACAAAAGAAGAAAACCCAUUGACUCCCAUGGUAUAGUUUUGUAUGAGUUAAUGCUUGUUUGCAGCAUUAACCUUUCCAACAUUCUUCAAAAUAUCUUCUUUUGUAUUCAACAGAACUCUUUUCUUACUUUGAGUUUUAACUUGUUUCUAGUUUAAAUAUUUAAAAGUUUUUAAAUCACGAAGUAUUUUCUAGGCAAGCAGACAGUGUUGUUUUGUUUUCAGAAAUAAUGAGUCAAAAUGAAGUGAGUUUUUCCAUUAAAACAAGCUAAAUAAUCUGACAACGCAGUAAGAAAAAUAAACUUAUUUCAAUGCAAAAACAAGAUUAUUUUACUCAAAAACAAGCAAAGUACUCUGUCAGUGAUGUUAGUAAAAUAAUCUUGUUUUUGCUUUGAAAUAAGUUUAUUUUACUCUACAUUGGGAGAUUAUUUUAAUUGCUUUAAAGGUGCUGUAUGUAAGAUUUAGACUCUUCUAAAGCAUAAAAACACCAUCAUAUGUGUGUAGAUAUUCAGAAACAUGCUCAGUGAACAUUCUUGUUUAUCUGAAAAACAAUGCUGAAGUCAGAUAUUCUGCUAUGAACGUCCGUUACGUGCCGGAACGGCUGUCUUUGUUUUGGUCAUUUAACAUGCCCAAUGCCAGUCUAGCCAAUUAGAUUUUUACACCACGGUUGCCUUGGUGGAAAACAGCGUAUUUCAUUCAGUCAGUCAGAAAGGCUAUGAAAGCAUGCAGCCUGUGACUGUAAUGUGACCUCCGGUGGACUGUAGCAGAUUCCGAAAUGAGACAAUCAGUUCCACAUGUGGUUAUUAAUCAGCAAAUUAUAUAAAUAUUACGAGUGUAAACAUCAGGUUACAUUAUAACCACGUGUCCUAACAACACGCUACGUGACGAGAUACGCAGUGAUGAGCAAUUUGGCUUUUUGCACCAGACGAAACACGACAGAAAUGUAAAUACAGCAAUUCAGAAGCACAGAAUAGUGCACUCACUCACCAAAUGGUGAGGUUUAUAAUCUAAUGAAUACAUAUUAAACCUCUUUAACAUUAUUACAUGUAGAUGCUGAAUCACUGAUAUGUUCAGUUCUAGAGUUCAAUUUCAGAUGGUUUAUUGUAUUGUCCAGAUCUGAGCUGAACUAUCUGCUGCUGCUUUCAGUAUAUGACAAUAAAUAUCAUGUAAAAUAACAUUCAGACUCACAUUAUUAGCAUUUAACACUGAAUAAAGCACAUGAGCUGUACCUGAGCUGAUCAUUGUCAGUUUUCUGUUGUUCAGCUGUGAGAAAUUGAAGCCAUUUCUAAUAUAUCAAUUGGAGGUGUUGGUUAGGACAAAAACUCAUUUUAAUAUGGAGAAUAUUCCUUCUAUCGGGUGUCGUUGCUUUUAUUACAGCACUGUUUAAAUCACUCACUCCUGUCCUCAAUCUGGCAACCUCUGCUUGCGUUUGUUUUGAUCCAGAAGUGCAAUACCUAGAUCAACCACUGGGUGUCAAACUUGCAUACUGCACCUUUAAGGAAAACUCUUAAUUUUUUAGUCAUUAUUUCUGAAAACAAAACUAUAUAUUUUUGCUUACUCUAGAAAAUGCUUUAAGUAAUUUUAGAUAUUUGAACUAGAAACGAGACAAGAAAGGCAUUUUGUUGCAGUGUAAAGCUCUGAGUUUUGUUGAACAGAAAAAAGAAGAUAUUUUGAAGAAUGUUGGAAAUCAGCACCCACUGUCUCUAACAUCUUUUCUUCUUUUGUGUUGAAAUGAACUGGAAAAUGAAUCUUAAACUGAUUUUUACCAAGUGAAAUGUAAUUAAAUUAUGACAAUUUUGUACAUUUUUGUGAACUACUCUGCUAAAAAUGCUUUUCUUGCUUAGAGUUUUUGUCUUGUUUCUAGUGCAAAUAUCUAAAAAUACUUAAAUCAAGAAGCAUUUUCUAGACGAGCAAAACAUUUUGUUUUAAUUUUAGAAAUAGUCAAUUUAGUAUUUCCUUAAAACAAGCUAAAUAAUCUGUUUAUUUCAAACCAAAAACAAGAUUUUUUUACUUUCUCCAUUGGCAGAUUAUUGAUGUUGUCCAAAAGCCACUUCAUUUUGCCUCAUUAUUUCUGAAAACAACACAAUAUUUAUUACUCGUCUAUAAAAUGCUUCUUGAUUUAACAAAUACUCCUUAUUUGUACUAGAAACACGAGAAAACGCUGAGUAAUAAACACAUUUUUCACAGUGUAUCCCUUUAAUACAUGAACUAAGAAUGAGCACUGUGUGUUUUACCGUUGUAAUUAUUUCUUCUUUCACCAUUGUUAGUUCAUGUUAAGCUAAUGUCAGACCUCACCGUGAAGUGUCUUUAUUUUUAUCUUUGUUUUGUUUAAAAGAGAACGUGCCUUCUCCAUAUUUUGGCGUAGUUUAUGUGCUGCCGUGUAUCUGAAUGUAAAGCUCACACUGCAAAAAUGAUUUUCUUCUUUGGUUUUUGUCUGGUAUCUAGUCCAAAAUAUCAACAAACUCCUAAAUCAAGAAGCAUUUUCUAGACAAGUGAAACAUAUUGUCUUGUUUUCAGCAAUAAUGAGCCAAAAUGAAGUAAAAUAAUCUGACAAUGAGACGUAAAAUUAUCUGGAGAUAAAAAGAAAUUAAGUUUAAUUGACUUACCCCACUGGCAGAUUAUUUAGAUUGUUUUUAAGAAAAACUCACUUAAUUUUGUCUUGAAAAUACAUAUAUUUGUACUUUUAUAAAUCUUUUUAGGAACAUGCAACCAGUUAGAGAGAAAAGAAAAAAUAAAUACAUAAACACACGCAUAUCAUACUAUACAUAUACUGUAUAUAUCCAUUCCAUACAUAAACACAUACAUGCAUAAAAUAUGAAUUAUUAAUUUAACCAUAACAAAAAUAAAAGGUUGCCAAAUAUAUUCUCUCAGUGAUACAUAACCUCCUAAUGUAUAAUAUGAACAAUUAUUUUUCACUUAAUUUAGAUUUUUUUUAGAAAUAUAUAUUUAUACUUAAUUUUUAUUGAAUUGAUUCUUUAGGAACAUAUAAAUAGUGAGAGAGAAAAGAAAAACAGAAUAAAAAAUAAUAUAUAUACACAUUAUAAAUGCAUAUCAUACCUCAUACACUGUAUAUAUUCGUUUCAUACAUA